GCUCAGAAGCUUGUUUUUCUCUCCUCACGCCACAUAAACACCUUUACCCUUCUUGUGUCCAGCGUGGCGUCGGCUCCUCCACCCUGAGGCUCUGCAGAACUGAAUGAGGUGCGGUCUUCUGCCAGUGCUGUUUUUUAAGUGCUGCUGCUGCCAGGAUGGGCCAGCAGAUCUCAGGUCAGGCGGUGCUGACCCGUCUGCCUGAGAAGCUGGUGAAACACGCCCAGCUGGUACGUGACAGUGGCUACCUCACCUACGAGGAGUUUCUGGCAAGAGUGGCUGAACUUAACGACGUUACGGCCAAGCUAGCUGCUGGACAGCAGAAGCACCUGCUGUUUGAGGUGCAGCCAGGAUCCGAUGCCACAGCCUUGUGGAAGGUGGCUGUCAGGAUCGUCUGUACCAAGAUCAACAAGGAAAGCGGUAUGGUGGAAGCAUCACGGAUCAUGAACCUAUAUCAGUUUAUCCAGCUGUAUCAUGACAUCACCAGUCAGGCUACUGAGGUGCUGUCUGCAGAGGGUGCCAGCGAGGGCCCAUCUGCCCAGCUCCCCUCCACAGACUCCUGCCAGGCCAGCAUGUGGAUGGGCAGAGUGAAGCAGCUGACUGAUGAGGAGGAGUGCUGCAUCUGCAUGGAUGGAAAGGCCGACCUUAUCCUGCCCUGUGCACACAGCUUCUGCCAGAAAUGUAUUGAUAAAUGGAGUGGGCAGAGCCGAAACUGUCCGAUAUGUCGCCUGCAAGUGACUGCUGCCAAUGAAUCAUGGGUCAUGUCUGAUUUCCCCACAGAGGACGACAUAGCCGGCUACAUCCUCAACUUGGCUGAUGAGGCAGGCCACCCACACAGGCCUUAACUUAACAAGUGAAAUCGACCCACACCAAGUAGACUUUGCAACACAAAAUGCCACUUUCACUGAGGAGGAGAUAUUUUCUUUCUCUAAAAAGCUAACAACGCAGAAUAAACCAGCGUGGUUUCAGUGAUAGAUUCAGAGCAUGAAACUGGUAAUGCUUUAUUUUAAAGGUCCCCUGUUCUCCAGCUGAUUUCCUGGAAACCCAGGAAAUAAUUCCCUAUAAACUUGCUAGUAUUUAAUUGUAAAUUACCAGGAUAUUUCCAAGGGCUUCAAAAUUUGGUACUAUAA